AUGUCGACCGAAGAAACGCAACUCCGUGAACUGAUCAAAGACCAGUUAACGACCGCGAACAAAGAAGAAUUCCUCGCGAAAAUGCCCCAAAACGCGUGGUUCAUUCGCCCGAGCGGGAACCCGGCGAGUAAAGAGAUCAUGGUUGAGAUGAUGUCGUCGGGAGACAUCACGGAAGCGAAGACGGAAUUGGUCGAAAUUAAGCACGUGGAAGUGAUGCAAGAUUGCGCGUACGCGGUGUUGAUCGCGAAGUCGAGCUUUGAUUACAAACAGACGAAGAACGAAGACGUGUACACGCAGUCGUGCUUUUUCAAGAAGACCAGCGAUGGGAAGUUUGAGUUGGCGUGGGGUCAUCGAUCGACGGGAAGAGGAUUCGAGGAGGAUUUACCGGCGCCGUGGCCGUGA